AAUUGUAUAUGUAACCGGCAUAGGUUCUCUGGGUAAAAGUGUUCCGUGACCACAGGGAAACGGGAAUGUUUUAAGAUGUCUAUACCAGUUUUACGGAAACCUAACUUAUCUAAAGAAUUGAAUAAAAAGAAAGUUGAUCAACAGUUUAUAAUACUGACUUUAAAGAACGGCAUGAAAUUAGUUGUGUCCUCAGAUAGUUUUCAUGGAAUUAUCAUGAUAGGGAAAAUAUAUAAAUGCGUGUUUUGUGAAGUCGAAAUCGAAUCCCCAGCCUGCAAAGAGCGUCAUAAGACUUCAGAUGAGCACAAAAAUGUAUUUAAUAAAUAUCCAUAUAUUGAAGAACUAGCCGAAAAUUUAAUAAGACAGGUAAACAAAAUAAAUUGUUAUUGCACAAUUUGCAAUGUUAUGAUGUCAUCUGUAUCAGCAAUGCUUCAUAUAAGGACAGACGAACACAUCAACGAGCUGAAUCGAGCUAUUUUAAAAGCAGACACAUAUAAACCUCUUGAUGAUAAUAAUAAUAGUAAAUAAGUUUAAUAUAUUAAUAAGUGUUAUUGAAUUUCCCUUUUAUUAUAUAAUAAGGAGUAUUUUUUUUUUG